AUGUCUCCAACUGGAGGCAAGCCAUAUCUGCUGAAGCUACCUCAAGAGCUACGAGACCUAAUCAUGGAAUACAUCAUCCUAAAACCGGAGAACACAAUAACCAUGCUGCCCAAUUUCAACUGCCACAAGAAUGAGAUCUCUGCCCGACCACCUUCGAUAUGUAGCGUCAACCAGCAACUUCGCUACGAAAACCUGCCCAAAUUCUACUCCGAUAACACAUUUACCGCUCAGCUUGACAACAAGGAAGACCUCGAAACUGCAGUAACCUGGCUCGCAGCGCUGGGCGAUCAGAACGUCCGUCAUCUCCAGACACUGUCGCUGUGUGGAUGGACUCGAGUCCCAUUUGGUCAUAUGGUUAGUCGGAGGUGGUUGAACGUCACGCUACACCUUAAGAAAGGGGUAAUGGAUGUGCGCCAAAUGGAAGCGGACCUUGCUGCCGAUGACCUUUAUUGCCGGGUCAACACGACGAUUGAGGAGCUGAAGGCUAGUUUCGCGAAGCUUGUGGAAGCGAGGUCCGGACUUCCUUGGGAUGUGCGAAGCGUGCAGGAGAUUAUGGAGGGAUUCAACAUGCUCUGUACCGGAUAUUGA